AUGGAUGAGUCACUAAAUGCUGAUAUUUCCAGCAUUAAUAGUUCACCAAUUUUAUUAGAUAAUGAAUCUGGUAAUGUGACAAAUUCCAUUGAAACCACUUCGGGGUUCCAAGAUCAUUCUCAACAACGUCGUCAUCAAAGAAGGCAACAACCACAGUUACCGAUGAACCGGCCAUUACAUUCUCAUUCUAUUGAAUCUUCAAACUCGAUCCAGACUUAUUCAUCAAAUGAAUCUUUAUCUUCUACACCUGCAAUAGAAUUAAGAGAAUCUUGGAAUUUAAUAUCUCCUUCUUACCUAACACUUCAAAAUUCCUCAUAUGGUUCUUCAUCAAUAGUAGAUCAAUUAUAUUAUGAUUCAAAUGCUGCUUCCUCUCGCUCCACCAUUGAUAACUCUUUAAAUGUCCGUAAUCAAAAUAUUUUAACUCCACCUGAAGAAAAUCCUAAUUCACCAAAUUCAACUUUAACUCAUUUGACGCCGCCAAAUGGACGCCAUACAAGUGAAAUUAGCUUGCCUGAAUUAACUGAUGGAAUAAGUUCUUUACAAGAUUACCAUCGAGUUAUGACUAAUUGGCAUGAAGACUUGAAACGUCAUGAUAUUCACCCGUAUCAAUCUUUUGAUGCCGCUAGAAGC